AUGUUAACUCAGUCACAAAAUGUGGCUCUUACGCCGCUUGACUUCAGCAACUACCAGAAUGCUCUUCUCGACGUUCUAUGGAGCGAACUCACGGAGAGCGCAGUAGAGCCAAUGCAAGCGCCGGUACCAUACUUGAUCAAUUUCGCAGAAGACUGCUUGCUUUGCGCCAUUGUAAUGUUGAGAAGGCAUUACGUGGACCAAGCAUCCGGCGAUUUCGUCCCUUUAGAGCAAGAAAAAUCAUAUGAAGAGGAACCAAUUGGCCUCGUGUAUGUCACCGCUGCCCCCGCACAGAAUGCAGCGCAGGAAGCCAAUGUCGGGAUCAUCAUCUCUGAAUGCUAUCAACGCAAGGGCUUCGCUCGCGAAGCCGUGGAGCUUGCGCUGAAAUGGGCAUUCGAAGAUCUCAAGUUCCAUCGCAUUCAAGCAGCGUUCAUGAAUAACGCCCAGAAAGAUCGUGCAAUGCGGCUUUUCGUGGGACAGGGUUUCAUGCACGAAGGUACUCGGCGGCGUUCGGUGUUUCAACCGGAGAGAGGGGGUGUGGUUGGUGUCUGGAAAGAUGUCACAUACCUUGCAAUGCUUGAUACGGAGUGGGCGCUUAGGGAUGUGUUGAAGCGCAAGGGCACAGUACCAACCUUGUGGGAUGAAAUGUUCGCGCGACACGCAAGGGAGAGAGAGGAGAUGGUGAAAUGGGACGAGAAGCAUAAUAGGAUCAGGAAGGUGUCGAGCACGGAAACCUUGCGCGAUAGGGAA